AGCUCACCCACCCACCACUCACACUGUGCACCCACUUGCUCAUUGCAAACUUUUUUUCCCAGAUAAUCUUCAAUCAUAAAUUUUUUCUGCAAUUCGAUUAAUUUAGUUAAUAAUAAGUGAAUAAAUGCUCAUUUUUUUUAAUGUACAGUCAUCCGUAUCUAUCUUGGUACAACAGUACCAGGGUUUCUGUUAAAUUUCCCAAUAAAGACAAAGUUGUCUUUUUUUUUCCUUCCUUUGCUUGAAUCACUACCCUAAAUCAUGUAAUGAUUCGAUUGCACUCAAUCUCCCAGUCUUAUUGUUGGGUUUUGUUUUUUUUUUUUCAUAGUUUCUUUGUUUUCCUAAUUUUUCUCCUAUUUUGCCCCCAUUAAUCACGUAGGUUUUACCUGGUGUGAGUUGGAUUGAAACAUGUCAGAUGAUAUGAACUGUUUGUGGAAUUUAAUAUUUUGAGGUAAAGCCCAUCUCUUUGCGGCUAUUUGGGGGCUUGUUUCCUUGGACAGUGAGGUCGUCCAUCUCAUAGGUGACAUCCCAGGUUAACAUUUUUUUUUAAAAGUGUGAUUUUUUUUAAGAAUAUCUGAAGAGAUUGUGUCCCCAACAAAGAAGUGGGUUGUUGGAAGAUACGUAUGUUACUCCUUUGAUUUGAUCACAUUUUCAUCCUCUUUAAUUAAAAAAAAGGAGUUUUUUUAGGUGGGGUUUGUACUCUGUGGCAUUGUAAGAGUAUCUUGAGAGUGAACGAGUUGUUAAUGGAUCAAGAUAGAGGUGAGGUAUUGGAUCCGGUUCAUGACAAGAGUUCAAGUCAUUUGGUUGAACGGGUUGCAAUUGCUAGCGAUAGUAUAAGUGAAGAAGCUGGAACUUCGAGACGGGUCGAUGAGAAUUCAGGAUCUGAUAAGGAGCUAAAGGAGGAAGUUAAGGGUCAAGACAAGCAUGGUCGAGAAAAUUCCAGUGAUAAGGUACCUGGGGUUGAUCAGGGAACUAGUUGUAAUUCAAACCAUUUUGUUAAUCAAGAAGUGAUUGAAAGUGUGAUUGUGAUUGAGUCUAUUCGGACUGAGUACAUGAAUGAAGAUAAUAGGAAAUUGGAAGUAAAAGUUGAGGAAUCGGGGUUGAGCUUGGGGUCCAUGAAGGCAGCAAAAGAGGUGACUGAAACUGAUAAAAGUUCAUGUGUGAUUGAUAUAAAGUGCAGCAGCCACAAAAAGUUAUAUGACAAUUCUGAAGGUGAAACGAUUUGCAGGAUUUGCCAUCUGACUUCUGAUCAAUCACCGGAUGUAACAAUUGUUGGCACUGCUACUAGUGCUACAAGAGUAGAUUUGAUUCAGCUUGGUUGUGCAUGUAAAGAUGAACUAGGCAUCGCGCACGUUCACUGUGCUGAGGCGUGGUUCAAGCUCAAGGGGAACAGGUUAUGUGAAAUAUGCGGUGAGCCUGCAAAAAACGUUUCAGGUGUUAGCAGUAAUGGGUUUAUAGAAGAGUGGAAUGAAAGAAGAUUCAUGGACAACGAUGGUAACUCAUCCCCAAGAAUUGUUGGAUGCUGGCGAGGACAGCCAUUUUGUAACUUCUUGAUGGCAUGCCUGGUGAUAGCCUUUGUUCUGCCUUGGUUUUUUCGUGUAAAUAUGUUCUAGAUGAUGAAUCAAACUAUAUAGUUUUUGCCUUCAACUCUUCAUUCCUACCAAUGUCUGUUUGUGUUGUUCGGAGGUAAAUAUACACACAGCGAGAGUAUAUGUUACUUUUGGUGGCAAUGAUGUUGUAAAAAUUAAGAUUUUUGCUGCAAAACAAAUACAUAGAGCCUUCUUUUGUUCC